GCCAGGACCGCGCGGCGUGCCUUAAGUUCCGCGGCGCGAGUCGUGUGGGCCACCGUCUCCGCGGUAACGUCUGUUACUCGACAUUACCUGGAGUAGGAAAUAAAGGGGACCUCUCCUCUUCUCCCUCCCGGCCCGGCAGGCUAGAUGGCAGAAACGGCGGUGACGGGUGCCGGCGGGGAGGCGAUGGCGGCGGCGGCGGCGGAAGGUUCCGCGGGUCUGGCGGUCUUGUCUCUGGGUCGCGGCUUCUCGAGCUACCGGCCCUUUGAGCCCCAGGCGUUGGGCCUCAGCCCGAGCUGGCGGCUGACGGGCUUCUCCGGCAUGAAGGGCUGAGGCUGCAAGGUCCCGCAGGAGACGCUGCUCAAACUCCUGGCGGGACUGACGCGGCCGGACGAGCGGCCGCCGCUGGGCCGGGGCCUGGUCGGAGGCCACGAAGAGGCGGCCCAGGAAGCCGGCCUGCAGGUCACGGCGGAAUCCAGCCCAACUUUCCCAGCCCUGGGCAUUGGGAUGGACUCGUGCGUCAUACCGCUGAGGCACGGAGGCCUGUCACUGGUGCAGACCACGGACUUCUUUUACCCCUUGGUGGAAGAUCCCUACAUGAUGGGGCGCAUAGCUUGUGCCAACGUGCUGAGUGACCUGUAUGCCAUGGGCAUUACUGAAUGUGACAACAUGUUAAUGUUACUCAGCGUCAGCCAGAGUAUGACUGAGGAGGAACGGGAAAAGAUAACCCCGCUCAUAGUCAAAGGCUUUCGGGAUGCUGCUGAGGAAGGAGGGACUGCAGUGACUGGUGGACAAACUGUGGUAAACCCUUGGAUUAUCGUGGGUGGGGUUGCCACCGUGGUUUGUCAGCCCAAUGAAUUCAUAAUGCCUGACAGUGCAGUUGUUGGGGAUGUGCUGGUGUUAACCAAACCCUUAGGAACCCAAGUUGCUGUCAAUGCCCACCAAUGGCUGGAUAAUCCUGAAAGAUGGAAUAAGAUAAAGAUGGUGGUCUCCAAAGAAGAGGUAGAGCUGGCCUAUCAGGAAGCCAUGUUCAAUAUGGCUACCCUAAACAGAACUGCUGCUGGGUUAAUGCACACAUUUAAUGCCCAUGCAGCCACAGAUAUCACAGGCUUUGGCAUUCUGGGGCACUCUCAGAACCUUGCAAAACAACAAAGAAACGAGGUGUCCUUUGUCAUCCAUAAUCUGCCCAUCAUUGCCAAGAUGGCUGCCAUCAGCAAGGCCAGUGGGCGCUUUGGGCUCCUUCAGGGAACCUCAGCAGAAACUUCUGGAGGGUUACUAAUUUGCUUGCCAAGGGAACAGGCUGCUCGCUUUUGUUCUGAAAUCAAAUCUUCCAAGUAUGGAGAGGGUCACCAAGCAUGGAUAGUUGGCAUUGUGGAGAAGGGAAACCGCACGGCCCGAAUCAUUGACAAGCCUCGAGUUAUUGAGGUCCUACCUCGUGGGGCCACUGCUACAGCUCUUGCCCUGGACCAUUCCAAUGCCUCCUCUGAACCUAACUCAUGAGACGGAAUAGCACAAGUUGUUUGGACCUUUGAGCCUUUGUUCACAGUAGUGGAUUCUGAAGAGCUGAUUUGAAGAACAAAUUUCCAAAGAAGGCUGCCUGCAUAGAAGUUUCACAGUUCGCCUGUCUAGGUGAUUUGAAUCAGCUGGUCAUAAGCUGCACAUUCCAUGGCCAGAAGUAACAUUUUGAACUUUGGGGGAGGGUUGUUCAAAUUUGGCUUAGACCAGGAACAGAAAAACCUGUUUCCUCUUUUCAAGAGCAAAAUGAGGCUAUUCCAGUUUGAGGGAAUUGCAAAAUAUACACAUAUAUAUAUAAAGAUAUAUAUAUGCAAUGUCAGAAGCAAAUAAAUUUGGAUCAGCACUGUUGAUAAAUAAUAUAAAUUGUUAAGAAAGAUCUUAAAAUGCAAUGUCAUGUUCUAUUUUAAAUUUUUCUGAAAUACUCUCUUUCCUGCUCUGGACAAGAAUUGAGCAGCUUGUCCAAUGACUGGGAAAGGAGGACCUGCAACCAUCUGACUUGGUCUCUGUUAAUGAUGCCUCUUCCUCUAAACCCCUUUAAGGACUGGGAGAGGCAGAGUGAGUCCCAGAGCCCAGGCCUUGGUGGUCAUUAAGCUGUUAAAUUUUGUGCUGAAAAUUCCUGGUGAUAUAAUCAAUAAAGUGACUUCUAGUGAAAUAAAUAAAAAGGACUGUUGAAAUUUUUUCUGGCUAAAGUUUGGAUCCUUGGAAUUCUGAGUCUUUCACAGUCUUCUCAAAGUGAAUCAAUUGAUACGUUUAGAGUCAGGCAAAGUAGAGAGUUUUUCUGAUCCUAGCCUAGGUGAUUUCACAUCCAGAUCUAGGUUUGCAUCUUUCUCCUGAGUUGACAGCAAAGGACUCAAAACACAUAGACCCCAAGGACUAGAAGGUGGGACAGGAAAUAGCAAAAGUGCCAACAGUUCUUGGAACAUGAAAAGUAGGGGGAAGAGGGAUAACUGACUUAGCGAAUAGAGGAAGCCAAAAUGUAAACACCUUCAGAGUUAGAGAACCUAACAGGAAGUGAAGAAAUGUGCUCCAGAAGUACUUAAUGAGGAAGGAACAGGGGUGGGGAUAAAAAUAGA